AUGCCGAGGUGCUGUGGCGGCCGUAUUGCCACUUUUUUGACUGUUGGUAUUUCGGUUACCUUAUUUGUCCUCUGUACCACCUAUGUUCCACUUUUAAUGAAUAAAUUAAACGCAUUGAGUGAUUCUCUGCGUGAUGGAAUCAAUGAAUUUGAUGUAUAUGAAGAGAAUGCUUGGAAAGAAUUGAGAACUUUGCGUAAAACAUCGGUGGAGAAUAGAGUCAAACGUCAAACUCAAACAGCAUGCAAUUGUAAUAACGAAAACCGUUGUCUGGCUGGACCACCCGGCAAACCAGGCAUACCAGGUUUAGAUGGCUUUCCGGGUAGAGAUGGGCCGCCAGGAUUACCUGGUCUUCCUGGAAUUAGAGUUGACACUCAAAAUGGACCACCUACAGGAUGUCGACAGUGUCCUCCGGGUCCGAAAGGAAAUCCUGGUUUCCCAGGUGUACCAGGACCUCAAGGAAAUGAAGGACCAGAAGGACCGCCGGGCCGAGAAGGUCGUCCAGGUGCACCUGGACCACCAGGAUCACUUGGAGAAAAUGGAGAAUCUGGCGCUCCAGGAAGACCAGGAGAACCUGGACCGGCAGGACAAGAAGGAGUUAGAGGUGAACGUGGAGAACCAGGACCGGCAGGACCAGCAGGUGAAAAAGGAAAACCAGGCACUCCAGGCUUUCCGGGCAACCAGGGAUAUCCUGGUUCUCAAGGACCACCAGGUGAACCAGGACAACAGGGACCUCCUGGGCCGCCUGGCAAACCUGGUUAUCCUGGCGCUAGCGGAAUAUCGGUUUGUGAAAUACCUUUUAUUUAUUUAUGCAUUAAAGGAAGACCUGGUGAUGAUGGAAAUUACUGUCCAUGCCCUCGGCGUCCUACUUUUCUUCGAUCUAGAAGUUAA